AUGUUUGGGAUUCAGGAAAGCAUCCAACGGAGUGGAAGCAGCAUGAAGGAAGAGCCGCUGGGCAGCGGCAUGAACGCGGUGCGGACGUGGAUGCAGGGCGCCGGGGUGCUGGACGCCAACACGGCGGCGCAGAGCGGGGUGGGUCUGGCCCGGGCUCACUUUGAGAAGCAGCCGCCUUCUAAUCUGCGGAAAUCCAACUUCUUCCACUUCGUCCUGGCCCUCUACGACAGACAGGGCCAGCCCGUGGAGAUCGAGAGGACAGCCUUUGUGGGGUUCGUGGAGAAGGAAAAAGAAGCCAACAGCGAAAAGACCAAUAACGGGAUUCACUACCGGCUCCAGCUCCUCUACAGCAACGGAAUAAGGACCGAGCAGGAUUUCUACGUUCGCCUCAUUGACUCCAUGACAAAACAAGCCAUAGUAUAUGAAGGCCAAGAUAAGAACCCAGAAAUGUGCCGAGUGUUGCUCACACACGAGAUCAUGUGCAGCCGCUGUUGUGACAAGAAAAGCUGUGGCAACCGAAAUGAGACUCCCUCAGAUCCAGUGAUAAUUGACAGGUUCUUCUUGAAAUUUUUCCUCAAAUGUAACCAAAAUUGCCUAAAGAAUGCAGGAAACCCACGUGACAUGCGGAGAUUCCAGGUCGUGGUGUCUACGACAGUCAAUGUGGAUGGCCAUGUCCUGGCAGUCUCUGAUAAUAUGUUUGUCCAUAAUAACUCAAAGCAUGGGCGGAGGGCUCGGAGGCUUGACCCCUCGGAAGGUACGCCCUCUUAUCUGGAACAUGCUACUCCCUGUAUCAAAGCCAUCAGCCCGAGUGAAGGAUGGACGACAGGAGGUGCGACUGUGAUCAUCAUAGGGGACAAUUUCUUUGAUGGGUUACAGGUCAUAUUCGGUACCAUGCUGGUCUGGAGUGAGUUGAUUACUCCUCACGCCAUCCGUGUGCAGACUCCUCCUCGGCAUAUCCCUGGUGUUGUAGAGGUCACCUUGUCCUACAAAUCCAAACAGUUCUGCAAAGGGACACCUGGAAGAUUCAUUUACACAGCGCUCAACGAACCUACCAUUGAUUAUGGUUUCCAGAGGUUACAGAAGGUUAUUCCCCGGCACCCUGGUGACCCUGAGCGUUUGCCAAAGGAAGUGAUACUCAAAAGGGCUGCAGAUCUGGUAGAAGCACUCUAUGGGAUGCCCCACAACAACCAGGAGAUUAUUCUGAAGAGAGCGGCUGACAUCGCAGAGGCUCUGUACAGUGUUCCUCGCAACCACAGCCAGCUCCCGGCCCUCACGAACACCUCGGUCCAUGCGGGAAUGAUGGGCGUGAAUUCCUUCAGUGGACAACUGGCCGUGAAUGUCUCCGAGGCGUCGCAGGCCACCAAUCAGGGUUUCACCCGCAACUCAAGCAGCGUGUCACCACAUGGGUAUGUGCCGAGCACCACCCCCCAGCAGACCAACUAUAACUCGGUCACCACGAGUAUGAAUGGGUACGGCACUGCUGCCAUGUCCAAUUUGGGUGGCUCCCCUACCUUCCUCAACGGCUCAGCUGCCAACUCACCCUAUGCCAUCGUGCCAUCCAGCCCCACCAUGGCCUCCUCCACAAGCCUCCCCUCCAAUUGCAGCAGCUCCUCCGGCAUCUUCUCCUUCUCACCAGCCAACAUGGUCUCAGCCGUGAAACAGAAGAGUGCUUUUGCGCCUGUCGUCAGACCCCAGACCUCCCCACCUCCCACCUGCACCAGCACCAACGGGAACAGUCUGCAAGCAAUAUCUGGCAUGAUUGUUCCUCCCAUGUGAAAGAAUUGCCUUGAAGAAUUUUAUUAAUGAAGAGGUUGGAUUCUGCUACAGAGAGUAAUGUGAUACAAGUCCCAGAGUGGAACUUUUAACUCAGGCCUUUUUAAGAGGAAUCACAAUAACUGCAGAUUUUUAAACAAACAAUAUCGCCGACCUUGCAAAUACUGAAAUUGGAAGGGAUCUGCUAACGCAGGGUGUUGGUUACAGUUGUACCUCCCGCCUCCUUGGGGGGAUAUAUUUAUUCUGUGUUGAUAAAAGCAAAUCCACUUUUUCUUUCUCUCUCUCUUUUUUUUUAAGCUUAAGUCUGCAAUCACUUGUCUUUUAUAAACCGUAAAGCUGUAUACAAGGGACACUAUAAAUAAGACUCCAUGUUUUAAUUUAUGAUGUUUUU